AUGGUAGCAUUGACAACAUCAGCACUUGCUAGUCAAGAUUCGACUGAAAUCACAACUGUCUUCAAAACUCUACCUCUAGUUUCGUUGUUGAUUACUUGGUGCUUCCAACUUCACCUUGGAGACCUGAUAAUCGCCAAUUUUCACCAGCUUUCACAAUGUCGAACGACAGCGAUUGCAUUAACGACAAUAAUGGUAUACCCAGCACUCUCGGCAACCAAUCUGCUUGUUACUGGCCUUCUUUCUGGACCGAUCCAAAUAGUACCAGUUUGGGAAUGUGUCAAUUCCGCCAUAAGAGCAUGUUGCGGUACUUCUGACCUCAUUCAUUAUCCGCUCAAUGAUCAAUAUAACUGCGUAAUUCAGUAUUGUCAUUUUCCUCCACUAAAUGGCGACGACACGAUCAUGCAAUGCCUCAAUGACGUAUUUCUCAGUGGCAAUUCAAGCAUUCAGAUUGACUUCUUAUGCACGCAGAUGGACAAGAUUGAGUCAAAGAGCCCGAUAGUUCGAAGAGGUACAAUCAAUACGAUUCUUCUGAUGACAGCAGUUAAUUGCAUUUGGGAGCUGGGCUCUUUAAAGAGAGAGUUGACGAAUUUCAAGAGAUUGUGA